AUGGGCUACUGUCUCAAGUUUAUUCGUCUAGCUCAAAAGAAAACUCCAAAAGUAUCCCCCAAUGCAUCUCGGAUGCUAUCCACAAUAGAUCACGCGCUUGCACGUUUAGCUCAAGCCCAGCUCUACCCAGAUGAGCUUGCUCUGUUGAACUGUUCAACGAGAUGUGAGAAAGACCUCAAGUCAUCGCCACUCAAAUGGUUAAAACCGUUCAUGUGUGAAAACGGUCUGAUUCGAGUUGGAGGUCGCCUGUCUAACUCUGAUCUUCCCGAAGGCACGAAGCAUCCAAUUGUCGUCUCCGCAAAUCAUCCGUUGGCAGAAAUAAUCGUAACUUACUACCAUAAAUUGCUCUUGCAUGCUGGUCCCCAGCUAAUGCUCUCAACUAUUCGUCAAAAAUACUGGAUAAUUGGAGCACGAAACCUAGUCCGCCGUGUUUAUCAUCGAUGUAUCAAAUGUUUUAGGCAAAAACCAAUUUUGAUCCAGCAAGCCACAGCAGACUUGCCGAAAUCCCGAGUGUCACCAUCCCGACCGUUCUCAGUUAGUGGCGUCGAUUAUUGCGGUCCCGUAUAUUUGAAAUCCGCAGUCCGUAGACACGGACCAGUCAAGGCAUACAUUGCUAUCUUUGUCUGCUUCGCAACGAAGGCCGUUCAUAUUGAACUGGUCUCUGACCUGUCAACACCAGCUUUCCUAUAA